AUGUCAAAGACUUUAGACAGAUGCUAGUAUCAUCAAAAGGUUGGAAUUGCUAUAGAGUGGUUGACAAGAGAUGAAAAUAAUUAUUCAAUUUUGUGCGAAAAUUGCUUAGCUGAAAGAGCUAACAAUAAGCAUAUAUAUUUAUUGAAAGACGCUGAAUUAAUACUUGAAUAAUUUAGAUUGGAAUUUUUAUAUCGAUUUGAAGAGGAGUAGAAAGGGAAAAUCAAUUUCUUAAAAAAUAUGUAAAUAAUUGUAUAGAAAUUGCAGAAUCACUUUUCAUAAACACUCGAUUAAAUAAACAAUAAAAUAAAUGAAAGAAUGGAAUUCAGUACAUUGAUUUUUAAUUAAGCGGGAAUGCAAAAUGAAAAAAAUGAAAAUUUGAGUGAUAAGUUAAAUAUCAAGAAUUUUGGAGAAUAAUUAAUAGAGGAAAUAACAAGAUGUAAGAAAAUGAAAAAGAUAGGUGGAUAAUAGAAUAUUAUAGAAUUUUAGAAUCAAAUAUAACAUGAUAUAUUGAGAUUGUAAUAAGGUGAUAUAUUAUAUGAGUGUUUUGAAUUAAUGAUCUAGGUGGAUGAGAAAAGAAUAGUUAAAUUAAUAGAGAAUAAUUAAAUGAAUGUUGAAUAUUAAAAGGGAAAUAUUUAAGUAAGAAUAUAUUAAUAUAUUGUUCAAAGAGAACUCCAAAGUUGGAUUUGAUUUGCAAAGAACAUGAUAAAGAAAUAAUUAUAUUUGAUUUAAGUGAGUAGCAACAAAAAGAGUAUAGAGCAAGAUGUGUGGAAUGUGAUCCAUGUAUCUUUACAUCAUUGACAAAAUGUUAAAAUUUGUGGAGAAACUAUGAAAGAAAACAAUCUGAAAUACUGACACAGUAUUAUUAAUCCAGAAAAUCAUAGAUUUGGAUUAUUACACAAUAGUUAUUUUAGUUGAAAAAUUCAUUUAUAGACAAAAUUAACUCAAUCAUCUUAUAAUUGAAUGGGGUAAUGGCAUAGACAGAAUAAGAUAUCUUGAAAAUUAUAGGAAGCAUGAAUAAAGAUUGGAACACUAUGACUUUAAAUGAAGUUUUAGAUAUAGCAGAUAUAUUGAGUAAACCAGAAUAAAUGAAAUAAUGUUUAAAGGAAAUGGAAAUCAAAUAUAAAAUGAAAAAUUUGAAUAUUGAUUGCAUAUUCUAAAACAGUAUAGAAGAAUUAUAAGAAAUUAAUAAUCAAAUAGCUCAAUUGAAUUUAUGUUUUAUUCAUGAAUAGGAUGGUUUUAAUAAUGAUUAUUAAUCACCUAAAAAUAAUUAUAGAUCAAGAUAAAACAGUGAAAAAAAGAAAUAAAGAUCAAACAGCACAUUGAGUGAAAAUUUUUAGGUUUAAUUGAAGGAUCAAAUAUAAGAUUAAAAGUUUAAGAAAAUAAAUAAUAAGAUUAAAUCAUUAGAAGAAUGGAGAAUUCAAUAAUUAAAAUGGUCUGAUAAAUAUAUUGAUUAUUAAUUAUUUUUUACAAAAAAGUAAGCUGAAUGGUGUAAUGCAAUAGCUUUUAAUAAAUAAGGAAAUAUCAUGAUAGCUGGGUGUAUAUUUUCAAUUAAAGUCUUUGAUUUUUUAAAAGGAAGAAUUGUUUAAACAUAUUAAGCCAAAUAACAUUCAGGAGAUAUUAAUUGUUUAUUGUUUAGCAAAUAAAUCAAUCAAUUUAUCUCUGGGAGUGAUGACAGAACAAUUAGAAUUUGGAAUAAAAUUGAUCAGAAUGAAUGGAAAUGCAUAUAAGUUUUAUAAGGUCAUGAAGAUUGGGUUUUAUGUUUGAUUUAGACAGAAGAUGAAUAAACUAUCUUAUCUGGGAGUAGAGACAAAAGUAUAAAGAAAUGGAUCAAAAAUUAAUUGAAUUAGACUUUUGAAUGCACUUAAACUUUACAUGAACAUACUGAUGCAGUGUUAGGAUUAUCAUUAAAUAAAUCUGAAUCUUUUAUGGUAUCUUGUAGUUAUGAUAAAUCAAUUAUCAUAUGGGAAAUUUAAGAAUCAUUUUAAAUUGAAAAAAAGCAAAUGAUUUAAAAUGAAACAUAUGCUAAUAGAGUCCUUUUUAUAAAUGAAACUCAAUUUUUGUUUCAACCAAAUAAUAAUGAAAAUGUCCAUAUUUUUUCAUACAAUUCUCAAUUAUAAUAAUUUUAAGCUUCAAAACACAAUAUUUAGUAAAUCGAAGCAGAUGAUGAUUAUUAAUAUUUUCCAUCGAAAUUCUUAACAAAAUAAGAGUGUUUUGCUAAUAUUCAUAACAAAUACAUGUAUAUUACUAAAUAAAUAAAUGAGGAAGAAUAUGAAAUACUCUAAAUAAUAGAAUUUGAAGAUUAUCGUAAAUUCGGAAGCUUUACAGAAGAUGGCGAAUAUUUAGUAACAUGGCAUUAUUCAUCAUGUGAAUUUUAGAUUAGAAAGAAUGUUGGAACUUCGAGAAUAUCAUGGUGA